AACUGCCCCUUCCUUGUUCCCAGCGGGAAGGACAUGAGUGUUCCUGGGCCGACGUCCCCGGACGGGGUCCUGCCAGGGCCACCCCUCGGCCGGGGGGCAGGGGAGCCGACGCCGGGCUUAAGGGACGCUUCUCCAGAUGAAGGGUUACUAGAGGACUUGACUGUAGAGGACAAAGCAGUGGAGCAGCUUGCAGAAGGAUUGCUUUCUCACUACCUGCCAGAUCUGCAGAGAUCAAAACAAGCUCUUCAGGAACUCACACAGAACCAAGUUGUAUUACUAGACACACUGGAACAGGAGAUUUCAAAAUUUAAAGAAUGUCAUUCUAUGUUGGAUAUUAAUGCUUUGUUCACUGAAGCUAAACACUAUCAUGCCAAGUUGGUGAAUAUAAGAAAAGAGAUGUUGAUGCUUCAUGAAAAGACGUCGAAGUUAAAAAAAAGAGCACUUAAGCUACAGCAGAAGAGGCAGAAAGAGGAGUUGGAGAGGGAGCAGCAACGCGAGAAGGAAUUUGAAAGAGAAAAGCAGUUAACUGCCAAACCAGCUAAGAGGACGUGAGAAGCCGAGCGCGCAUGUGUGUUCGCCCUCCCCUGCCCGUGUGGCCGGCAUCCGGGGUGACCUCAGGGUAGGCUGGGGUGA